AAGACGUGUCGCGGGCUUGCUGGGGAUCACCCGCAUGGCGUCGGCGCGUAGCGGGAGAUAGAGCCCUUCCUCCGGGCUUGCGGUGAAGCACACGGGCUUCCUCCUCUGGCUGUCCAGGAAACUGAUACUUGAGUUUUUUUUAGAAGGCAAGAAUGAGGCGCACUGAGAGAACGGCCGCCCGAAAACGCGCCAAAGUGUAAGGGGGGGGGGUACGUUUCAGCCGAGGAGGGGAGAAGAAGAGCGAGAAUGGAGAACCGAAAGCGGGUGGAAGACGCACGAAACCCAACGUCGUCCCGACAACAUGAGGAAGGAUCCACCCUGUCUCCGUUUACGUCCGGGUGUGAUGGAUAGAUAGCAGAAAGAGGAGAAGAAGACAAGAUGUCCUUCUUUAGCCUGGACUUUUCAAGGAAGAAAGAGAGAGAGGUUGAAAGGAAACUCCGUGCCAACGACAGGGAGUAUAACCUCUCUUUCAAGUAUGCGACCAACGCCAUCAAGACCUCCAAGUACAACCUCUUCACAUUCCUGCCUCUCAACCUCUUUGAGCAGUUUCAGAGGAUCGCAAAUGCCUACUUCCUGUUUCUGCUGGUGCUCCAGGUGAUCCCUCAGAUCUCCUCGCUGUCAUGGUUCACCACUGUAGUGCCCCUAGUCCUUGUGCUGUCAGUGACUGCAGCCAAGGAUGCCAUUGAUGACAUUAAUCGUCAUAGGAGUGACAAUCAAGUCAACAACCGCCGGGUCCAAGUGCUGAUUGAUGGAGAACUGCGGGGUGAGAGAUGGAUGGACGUGCAAGUGGGAGACAUCAUCAAACUGGAAAACAACCAGUUUGUCACGGCUGACCUUCUCUUGCUGUCCAGUAGUGAGCCGCUUAACCUGGUUUACAUUGAGACUGCAGAAUUGGAUGGUGAGACUAACCUGAAGGUGAGACAGGCCCUGACAGUUACAGGAGACCUGGGAGACAACAUCGACAGGCUGGCUGCCUUCAACGGUGAGGUGCACUGCGAGCCCCCUAACAACCGCCUUGACCGCUUCAUGGGUACGCUGACCUGCGCCGGUCAAAAAUACUCCCUGGACAAUGAAAAGAUCCUGCUCCGAGGCUGCACCCUGAGGAACACCGAGUGGUGCUUUGGACUCGUGCUGUUUGGAGGUCCACAAACCAAGUUGAUGCAGAACUGUGGAAAGACCACGUUCAAGAGGACCAGCAUAGACCGUCUGAUGAACGUCCUGGUCCUCUGUAUUUUUGGCUUUCUGGCCUGCAUGUGCACCAUCCUGGCCGUGGGGAAUGGGAUAUGGGAGGUGAACGAGGGCUCCCAGUUCACCGUCUUCCUACCCAGACAGGAAGGCGGGAAUGCUGCCUUCUGUGCCUUUCUUACCUUCUGGUCCUAUGUGAUCAUCCUCAACACUGUGGUGCCCAUCUCGCUCUACGUCAGUGUGGAGAUCAUUCGGCUGGGGAAUAGCUUCUACAUUGACUGGGACAGGAAGAUGUACCACGCGCACAGCGACACCCCCGCCGAGGCCCGCACCACCACGCUGAACGAGGAGCUUGGCCAGAUCAAGUACGUGUUCAGUGACAAGACAGGGACGCUCACCCAGAACAUCAUGACCUUCAACAAGUGCACCAUCAACGGCAAAUCUUACGGCGAUGUGUAUGACUACUCUGGCCAGAGACUAGAGAUUACUGAGGACACGGAGACGGUGGACUUCUCCUUUAACCCGCUGGCCGACCCGAAGUUCCUGUUCCAUGACCAUGCCCUGGUGGAAGCGGUGAAGCUGGAGAACCAAGAAGUCCAUGCCUUCUUCAGGCUGCUGGCCCUCUGUCAUACAGUGAUGGCUGAGGAGAAGAAUGAAGGUGAACUAAUCUACCAGGCCCAAUCUCCAGAUGAGGGGGCGUUGGUGACAGCAGCCCGUAAUUUUGGCUUCGUCUUUCGUUCCCGAACACCAGACAGCAUUACCAUCGUAGAGCUGGGUGAGCAGCAAACCUACAAACUCCUGGCCAUCUUGGAUUUUAACAACGUCCGCAAGAGGAUGUCUGUCAUAGUGCGGAGCCCAGGAGGGAAGCUGUCUCUCUACUGUAAAGGAGCCGACACCAUCAUCUAUGAGCGACUGCACCAGUCUUGCAGUAAGCUGAUGGACGUCACCACAGAACAUCUCAAUGAGUUUGCGGGGGAGGGCCUAAGGACACUGGCCCUGGCUUUCAAAGACCUUGAUGAGGAGUACUUUAGCCAGUGGAAACAACGCCACCAUGAGGCCAGCACCUCCCUGGACGAUCGGGAAAACAAACUGGACCAGCUGUAUGAGGAGAUAGAGAAGGACUUGCUGUUGCUAGGGGCUACAGCCAUCGAGGACAAAUUACAAGAUGGAGUGCCUCAGACCAUUGAGCAGCUCUCCAAAGCGGACAUUAAAAUCUGGGUGUUGACUGGUGACAAGCAAGAGACAGCAGAAAACAUUGGCUACUCGUGCAACAUGCUGCGGGAGGAGAUGAGAGAGGUGUUCGUCAUUUCAGGCACAUCCCCCACAGAUGUCAGACAGGAACUGAGGAAUGCCCUGACCACUAUGAAGCCAGAUACGGCAGAGGACACCCACUUCCUGCAAGAGAGAACUCUGGGUAAAGGGAUGAAAGCAAUCAGGGAUGAGGUAGUGAAUGGAGAGUAUGGCCUAGUUAUCAACGGACACAGUCUGGCAUAUGCCCUGGAAUGCAGCAUGGAGCUGGACUUCCUUCGGACAGCCUGCAUGUGUAAGGCGGUGAUCUGCUGCAGGGUCACUCCGCUCCAGAAGGCCCAGGUGGUCGAGCUGGUCAAGAAAUACAGACAGGCUGUCACUUUGGCUAUCGGCGAUGGAGCCAAUGAUGUCAGCAUGAUUAAAGCGGCCCACAUCGGUGUGGGGAUCUCUGGCCAGGAGGGUAUGCAGGCAGUGCUGUCCAGCGACUUCUCAUUUGCCCAGUUCCGCUUCCUGCAGCGCCUCCUACUGGUGCACGGCCGCUGGUCCUACCUGCGGAUGUGCAAGUUCCUGCGCUACUUUUUCUACAAGAACUUCACCUUCACCUUCGUCCACUUCUGGUACGCCUUCUUCUGCGGCUUUUCUGCCCAGACGGUGUAUGAUGAGUGGUUCAUCACACUGUACAAUUUGGUGUACACAGCAUUACCUGUACUGGGCAUGAGUCUGUUUGAUCAGGAUGUGAACGAAUUGUGGAGUUUCCAGCAUCCUGAGCUCUAUGUCCCUGGCCAGCUUAACCUCUACUUUAGCAAAACAGCCUUCUUCAAGUGUGCACUGCAUAGCUGCUACAGCUCCUUAGUGCUCUUCUUCAUCCCCUACGCUGCCAUGUAUGACACAGUGAGGGAUGAUGGGAAAGACAUUGCAGAUUACCAGUCUUUUGCCCUCCUGACACAGACUUGCUUGCUCAUCGCCGUCUGUAUCCAGAUGGGUCUGGAAAUGGCCUAUUGGACAGCAGUCAACACCUUCUUUGUGUUGGGCAGCCUGGCCAUGUACUUUGCUGUCACCUUCACCAUGUACAGUAAUGGGAUAUUCCUCAUGCUGCCCUCAUCCUUCCCCUUCAUAGGCACAGCCAGGAACACUCUGAACCAGCCUAACGUGUGGCUGACUAUCCUCCUUACCUCUAUCCUGUGUAUACUUCCUGUGAUUGCCUAUCGCUUCCUGUGGAUCCAGCUACGCCCCACCAUUAAUGAUAAGGUGAUGUUCAAGGUGAGGCAGGCUAAAGCCACUCCUCCUCCUCCACCCAGACGCACCCGCAUGCGCCGCACCAGCUCCCGGCGCUCUGGCUACGCCUUCUCACACGCACAGGGUUAUGGGGACCUGGUGACGUCGCGGCGGUUUCUGCGACGACCUGCCAUAUCGCGAUCAUCCGGGCUCACCCCGAAAGGGCGCACCACCACAGGCUUCAGCCCCAUGGGGCGCUCAGCUGGCUACAGUCCCACAGGGCGUCCCCAGAACACUAAGGUCCCAGAGGUGGAGGUGACCUCGCUGCAGAUGUACCGGACUGUCCGAGAUCCCGUCUUCUAAAGGGAUGGCAGAAAGAGAGAGAGAAAAAAAAAACACACACACACCCGAGGGGUUUGCCAGAAGGACCUGCCAACUGGGGAAUCACGUCACAGGCGAUCGUUGCUUUUCCAGAUCACUUAGUCCUUAACUUUCCGUAACGCCCAGUGUUACAGACUGUGUCUAUAACAUAGCAUGUGACUUUUUUGGUGGGUACAUGGAACAUGUUUUCAGUAAACAACUGCACAGUGGGGCAGCCACUCUUGAGUCCUUUGUUAAAAUGGCAUUCACAGACUUAGUUUGGAUUCUUUGCUAGAAACAUUACGAGGGAGCGAACACAAAUGAAAAUCUUUCAUUUGGAGGCAAUAGUUUAAAUAAGUGGACACAACCUGGAUUAACCCCACCCGGCAGAGGUGCAUGCCUAAGGCAAGUCUCAUGCCCUGAUGGACGGAGGACGAGUUAUUAUGUUUACAGACUACCGUGUGUGUCUAACCGGCCUGAACUCGAGGAGUACUGACCAAUUGCAGGACUUUGCACAGAAAAUAUCACCAGCGAGGUUUCACAAAUUGUGUUUUAAGGUUUCAUGUGAGCAUUUCAUCCUCUGAUCUUUAGUUUGGGGGCCUUGCGUAUAAUUUCUAGAAUAUGUACUUAGCCAAGGGGUUAUACAUUUGGUGUUUUAAUUUUGAGGCAUUCCACUCCACAUUUCCUAUGGAUGACUAUUAAUUUUCAACCUCUUUAAAACUUCAGUUUAUACCUCAUACAGAUUUGAUAUUACAUUGUUAUCCUAGAGGUUUGGGCAACAAAUUACCUUUAAGUCACUUAUAACUCGUCUGGCUUGUUCUGGGAUUUAUAUUCCAAAGUGAUUUAAACAAUAAUGUUAUUUUGUCGGGCGAGUACACUGCAUUUAAACCAAGGCCACUAGAUGACACACUAAUCUUGUGACUCAAUUGAAAAUACUGUACCAUCCAUUAUCCGAACCACUUAUCCUGCUCUCAGGGUCACAGGGAUGCCGGCGCCCAGCAGACACCCUGAACGGGCUGAUACACACAUUCAUACCUAGGGACAAUUUAGUAAUGCCGAUUCACCUGACCUACAUACCACCAUAUAUACACAGAAGCGACUUAUAUGUAUGUUUUUUUUGCGGGGUGUGACUUGUAGUCUGGAAAAGACUAGUAUCUAUCUAGCACAACAAAGCUUUAAGACUUAGCAUUCAGCAGAUGGAACAUAGUAUUUUUUACAACAUUAGAAAACUAAUAGACUUAGUUCUCCGGUUUACUGGCUUGAAUCCCACGACACUAUCAAGAAUCCUUCUCUGUACAUGGAAUUCUUAGGAAAUACAGCAUAUAGCUAUACUCUGCAACCAAAGUAAGAAACCAGAGGUUGCCUUAAUAUCUACAGAAAGGCAACACAAACAUAAUAUUAUGACAAAGGUUUUAUGCAAAUCAGUCAAGGACGGAGAUGACCAUUAUGAAAUUGUUUUGGAUGAUAUUUUUCAGUCAGCUUGGCAGGUUUCCUGCAAUAUGACCACUGAACAACAUUGUAAAGAAAUGACCAUACAUCUGUAAUGUAUGGAGGUUGUUAAGAAUAUUGCUUUUCAGUGGUUCAUGGUAUACGUGAAUGUGUUUCUUUCAUCACCAGAAACAGUAGAAACCAAUGGGCACUUGGGUCCUUGUAACACUUAUCAGGUCGGACAACAAUAUCACAAUUUUGAAAAAAAUUGGUCUAAAAUCCCAAUUCUGCAUUUAUUUGAGGAGCAAGUAAUUUAAAAUGUUCCAUCCAUCCAUUAUCUGAACCGCUUAUCCUGCUUUCAGGGUUGCGGGGAUGCUGGAGCCUAUCCCAGCAAUCACUGGGCGGCAGGCAGGGAGAAACCCUGGACAGGCCGCCAGGCCAUCACAUUCAUACCUAGGGGCAGUUUAGUACGGCCGAUUCACCUGACCCACUUGUCUUUGGACUGUGGGAGGAAGCCCACGCAGAGAACAUGUAAACUCUACACAGAGGACCCCCAAGGUUGGACUACCCCGAGACUCGAACCCAGAACCUUCUUGCUGUGAGGCGACCAUGCUAACCACUGUGCCACCCUUUUAAAAUUUUAAACAUUGGAAAUACUAUUGAACUAGUAAGCAUUACAUGGACAGUUUUCCAAUUUAUCUGAAUGAUUUACUUUAUUUCCCCAAUGACCGCUGUCAGUCCACUGAUUUUCCAGGCUGUUGAAUUAUUUUGUCCUCUACUCUCAACUUCUUCCCACUAGUUUUUAAAAAAAAAUUUUUUACCAUCUGUCAACCCUUGUAAAAGUAAUCUCUAUUCGUGUGAGAAGCCCCCUACGUAGAUUACUACUACUACUUUCAGCUGGUCCCGUUAGGGGUCGCCAUAGCGGAUCAUCCGUUUCCAUCUCUUCCUGUCCUCUGCAUCUUCCUCUGUCACACCAGCCCCAUGCAUUGUCCCCCCUCACCACAUCCAUAAACCUCCUCUUUGGCCUUCCUCUUCCCUGGCAGCUCCAUAUUCAGCAUCCUUCCCCCAAUAUACCCAGCCUCUCUCCUCCGCACAUGUCCAAACCGUCUCAAUCUUGCCUCUCUUGCAUUGUCUCGUUACGGACUAGUCGGGUUAAGGGUUAAACAUGCAAUACUAGUCUUAACCUGGAGUGUGUACAAAAGAUGAAAAACAAGGGAAGAAACAGAAAGAAAGACUAGAGAAAUAGCCGGGAGGUGGGCGAACUUACCGAGGUAGCAGGUCUCUCCGACAAAGCCUCGGCCAUACGGGUCUCAGCUCCUGUAAGCGGCGGGCUCCGUCUUGGUAGGUUUGUUCAGUUUAGGUUGAUGGUGUUGAGCUGGAAAGGUGUGAACUUGUAGUGUCCUGGACAGCAUGUUGAAAAUGGCGUAUCCAUGCAAGCUGCCGGCAUUAACCAACUCCAGGGGCUGCGCACCGGCACCUCACAGCGAUGUCCUCUUAUAAACAGUGCUUAACCACACCUCCAAUCAUUUCUCAAUGAAAACUAGUCCAAGUAUGUAAGAAAAGGAAGAAAGGAAAAAGGCAAAGAUAACCCCAUCACAUCACUUCUAAUAUUCCUCCCCCUUACAACAAAAUAAAAUCUAGUUUCAACCUAUUUGUUUCAUCCUUUUUAUAUUAACAAUUUUCUUGUUCCUUAAAACAACAACAAGACUAUGCACAAUUAUAAUCCAAUCCGGUUUUUUUGACUCCAUUGAUUCACAUGCAUUACUGUCAACAAUGCACUCCCAAACCAUAUGCUCACCCCUUGACAGGGUGUCCACAAUAACAUUUUCUCUGCCUGGCAAAUGCACUCCCUUCAGGUUAUACGGUUGUAAAAUUAAACUCCAGCGGAACACUCUGACUGGAUGUUUUGAACUUUAAAAGGAACGUAAAUGGGUUGUGAUCAGUGAGGACUACCAGAUCAGCUCCAGCACUAGAGACGUACACCUCAAAGUGUUGGGACUGCUAGGACAAGAGCCAGGGCCUCCGUCUCAAUGGUGGAAUAUUGCUUCUGAUGGUGAUUCAGUUUCUUAAGAGAAAUAUGCAACAGGCCCGUCUAUUCCUGACACAUCAGUCUGUAGCAGCAUCACCCCCACUCCAACAUCACAAGCAUCCACUGCAAGCUUGAAUAGGACAGACACGUCCAGAGCAACCAGCACCGGUACACUAGCUAGAACAGCUUUAACCAUUUCUGGAGCAGUCUGACAAUCCGCUGACCAGCUAAACUUAAUGCCCUUCUUCAACAGGUUUGUGAGUGGUGUUGUCACAGCUGCAAAGUUGGGAACAAACUGCCUAUAAAAGCCACACAUGCCCAAAAGGCAAAUUAGCUGGCGUUUUGUUUUCAGAACAGGCAGGUCUAAAAUGGCUUGUACCUUGGUCUCACUGAACCUUGGCCCACCUGAUGCCCCAAAUAGGUGACUUGCCCCUUUCCAAUCUCAUAUUUGGCCAAGUUGAUCACAACCCCGCUUGUUUACGAUGUUAAAACAGCUGUAGUGUUCCAUGUGAUCAGACCACGAAGUGCUAUAGCAAACCAGAUUAUCUAGAUAUGUGACAGUGUUCUGCAAUCUGGAGGUUACCAAAUUAACUUCUGAAAGGUUGCUGGGGCGUUUUUCAUGCCAAACAGGAGAACCUGACAGCGAUACACUCUCCUGCAUCACAAAUGCAUACAUGUCUUUUGCCCUUUCUGUCAAUGGGACUUGCCAGUAGCCCUUUAACAAGUCAAAUUUCGACAUAUACUGUGUAUUGCUGAUCUUAUCAAUACAGUCCUCCAGCCUGGGUAUGGGAUAUGCAUGUUUUAGUGACAUCAUUUACCUUUUGGUAAUCAAUGCAGGGACACAGUUAAAUCGGGCUUGGAACAGGGACUAAAGGGAGAACUCCAUUCACCUGAGCCUUUUUUGAUCACACCAAUUCCAUGUAGAGCAACUCUGGUUUCACCUGAGCCCAUUUUUGUGGGUUAAUCCGGUACAGAUGUUGUUUGAUGGGGGUUGCCUCACCAGUGUCUAAAUCAUGGGUUAUUAAAUUUGUUAAGCCAGGGUAUGACUAUACUGAUCCAUUAGAUGUAAUACAUCCUCUUUCUGCUCCGUGGUAAGACGACUCAGUGACUCUGAGAUUGGCCAGGGCACUGGAAUUCUUAAGCCUAACUGUAACUGGUUCAACUGACCCAACCCCAUCAUCCUCACUCUCCUCUUCUUCCACAGUAACCCGAGAUGUGAUACACACAGCGGAUGGAGUGUCGCAAGUAUAAUAAGGUUUCAAGAGAUUGAUGUGACAUAGUCGUGAUUUCUGUCUCCGGUCAGGUGUCUCAACAACAUAAUUGCGAUCACCCACCUUCUUAAUAACCUUAUAUGGACCAUAGAAUUUCACUCCCAGUUUACCUCCACCCAUGGGCAAAAACACCA